AUGGCCUCUACCCAGACCUCUCAGGUCACUCAAGCCGCGAAAUCUUCCGCCCCGCACUACUCUUGCCCGGAUUGCACGAAGUCGUGCACCACCAAGAACGGCCUCUCAAAUCACCUUCGCUCCACCGGUCACGGUUUCUCCUGUCCUACGAAAGGCUGCCGUGGAAUCUUCGCCACACAGAGCGCACUCGAGAACCACAUGAACGCGCUGUCUCACAAUGAAUCAGCCUCAUUGUCAAACCCACCGAAGGCAAAGCCAGCGAAGCCAAAGAAGUCCAAGAAGGCGAAAUCGUCAAAGAAAGCCCAACCGCCGAACCUGUAUGGCAAUACGGAGUAUUACGAUGGGGAGAGACUGACUUGGUCGGAUGUCGUUGACUCCGAUAUGUGGCCGAAGACCCGCACCUGCGCAACCUGCAAAAAGCCCUCUACCGCCCAGCAGCCCCUCCUCCACUGCGGCCGCUGCGAAGCCGUCGACUACUGCAGCAAAGCCUGCCAGAAAGCCGACUGGCCCCUGCACAAACCCGCCUCCUACGACUCCCCCAUCGGCAAAGUCCUCGGCACCUACAACCCCGAAGCCUUCAUCGCCGACCCAGGCUAUAAGCUCGCGCCGCUGCCCGACCACUCCACCGCGCUAGACUUCCACAUGCUGGAGGCCCGGGCCGUGUACACGUACCUGAUCGAUGCAUACCGCUUACGCACCGACGACGAGUACAACCUCGCGGGCGAGGUGCGCCCCGCUACUCUCUACAGUCCGUUCCAUCCGCAGGACGUGCUGGGCGAUUUCCGCAAGUUCUUGGAUUUGGCGGAGACGAGAGAGGGGUCGCUGCCGGGCUGGUGGGACGCGAGGAGCAGGAUGGAGUGCGAGGAUGUCGGCAAGGGUGGGGUGUAUAGUUGGAGUAGUUUGUGGAGUGCGGUCGAGCCGGAGCAUGUGGUAAAGAGGUAUUAUGGGGAUGAGAAGAUGGUGGGGCGGCUGAGGGAUCUGGCGAGUAGGGUUUAUGGGAAGGUGGUUGCGAGGGCGGGGAAUGAGCGAUACGUGUACCAUUUUAAGGGGCGUGCUUGA